CUUGUGAUAUGUCUUCUGAAUGGUAGAAAGGAUUCCAUUUAUUGCGCCUCCGGGCAAGGAGCUAAUUUUAUUGUCCAAUUCUUAUCUUGUGCCGAUAAGGUUUCACGAUCUUUUCAUGAGUGUCAUAUCCCAGCACAUGUACAAGUCCGCACGUUCAAAAGGGGUCCCAACGAAUUGUAGGUUAUUCCGAAUUCAGUUCUCUCAGAUCCGCGACCUGAGGUAUGCUUUGGUGAAGAUCAACCCCACGAAGGGCCUUGCUAGCUUGUUUUCCCGGCCCGAUCCGAAGACUCGGCCCUCUGAUCUAUUCGGCCAUGGUUCGUGGGAGUUACGUGCUUUUCUGCCGCUAUUGCCCCUCAACCUCCUUCGGACUCUAAUGAUGGGUGCUCUCACUCUGCCUGUCUAUCAGAAAGUACCAUACGUAUUCAGGCAAUUUGCCAGCAGAGUCCCUGUAAACGAGCUGAUGGCAGUUCCGUGGUUGCCACUUUAUACUAUUUCUCUGGUUGGUUUCCCUGGAAGGUGUUUGAUACUUGUCGAUGUCAUCACUUUCCGAAAGGGUUUGCACCUCAUAUUCUCAACAAACGUCUCCUGCAUAUGUUCCCCAUUAUCUGCCAACAUGCCUGUUUCUGAGAAUGCCGUAAUUAAGUAUGUAUGAAAUAGGCUCCUCCUGAGUCUGGAGAGCUCCGAAUCAAGGUAUCCAAAGCGUGAACUCGAUAUCUCAAUCGAGUGUGUGGUGCUCGGGACGAAUUCCCUACUCUGCAAUGAGGCCUAAAU